GAGUUCACGUGACCGCAGUUCCGUGAGGAGGCGGGUUAAGGGCGGAACUAGGGUGACAGCCGGAGAUAGUGCGGGAUCCGCCCACUGCAAGGUGAGACACCCGAGAGAGACCGGCUGCAGCAUGAGGAGGGAGACAACCUGCUACAUCCAAAGAAUCGAUCCCCCAGAGAUGUGACGUCAGCAGUGACAGUUGUCGCCAUGGCGGGUGUCGUGUCCGAGGCUGUGGCCCCCCCGAAGGACCCCCAAAUGAAGAGGUGGAAGCUCCUGUCUGUGGGUGCGCUCCUCGCCUGGCUGCUCCUGGUCCACCUUCUGGUCAAUGUUUGGCUCCUCCUCCUCUUCUCAGCCAUCAUGGCGGCGGCGGGAGCCUGGCUGGGUCCCCAGUUCAUCCUCGGCAGCUCCACCUCCAUCCACCUCGAGCGGUUCAUCGCCCUGGAGCGCAGCACGCGGUCCGCCGAUGCCGAGGACCAGCUGGACAAGGAGAUCCGACUGACCAUCCAGAAGAUCGUCCAGGACUUUGUGUCGUCAUGGUACCGCCGCCUGAGCCCCCGGACGGCCUUUGAGGAUGAGGUCAGAGGGGUCAUGUGGGACCUGGGGAUGGAGCUGAAGAGGCGUCUGCGCUCUGCUGACCGGGAACAGCUGACCAGGAAGUUGCUGGUCCUGGCCGGGUGUCACCUGCAAUGCUACAAGUGGGCAAAGGCCCGGGCCCAGGGUGUCACUGAGCCGUACGAGAGGGAGUCACUGCUGUGGGAGGCCUACCAGGAGCUCAGCCCCACCCACCCAGCUCUGUCUGGCUCCGCCCAGGAAGUCAACCACGCCCGGUGGUUGGUGGAGCUCCUACUGUCAGAACUGGUCCCCAGACCCCAGCUAGACACGCGCACCGGGAGGCACCUCGUGGUGGAGCUCAUCGCCUGUAAUGUGGUCCUGCCGCUCGUCGGGAGGAUGUCUGACCCGGACUGGAUCAACAUCGUCCUGACCAACAUCUUCUCCAAGACUCUGCUCAAAAUGGAGGAAGAGAAGUAUGAGAGUCUGGCUCCGCCCUCCAUUCCCAAGUCCCUCCCACUAGGCCCAGAUCCGCCUCCUCAGUUCAUCCUGCCUUCUCCUCCGUCAUCUCAGAUCUCUGGCUUCCCGGUGGUCGAUAGCGUGGAGGUGGAGCCGGAGGAGGUGCCGGAUGGGGGGGAGGAGUCCUGUAAAGAGAAGGUCGAUGUUUUCCCCAUUCAGUACCUGAUGCCGCCCAAUCCCAACAGCCCGUUCUUCCUGUGCGAGGAGUCCGAACCCGAGUCCCCCAUGUCCGAUCUGGGGCGAGAACUGGAGCGCCCUCUAAUGAACUCCACCGAGGAUCUCCUAUCUGACUGCGGCCUAGAUUCCCUGACCCCGGCCGAGAGCCCCGGGGCCCCUCCUUACAAUGAGACCAUGAGUGGUCUGUGUGAAGAAAGCUGCCCGCCCCUUAUGUCAGUAACCCCGCCCCGUCCAGAGAUCCUCAUCGAGUCCUCUGCCCUCCAAUCAGAAUUCACUUCUCUGCCCAACAACAAAGAUGGCUGCAGUCCAAUGGAUGGUUCCCCCCUCAUCGCGUCUUCCCCCACUGUCCCUAUCCAUCCCUUCAGCUUCAUCCCCCUCAGCAGCCCUGAUGGACCCGUCCUGAUCCAGAACCUCCGAAUCGCCGGGACCAUCACUGCACGGGAGCACAGCGGGACCGGAUCACACCCCUACACCCUGUACACCAUCAAGUAUGACACGGCCCUGGACAGCCAAUCACUGGGCACGCUGCAGCCGAUGGCUUAUCACACCGUGAACAGAAGGUAUCGGGAGUUCCUGAACCUGCAGACCCGCCUGGAGGAGCGCGCCGAUCUGCGCAAGUUUGUGAAACGUGAGAAACUUUUCUACAUGUUGUUUGGCUCGCCCCUUAGCAGAUCUGUGUGCGAGAGGCGGGCGGUCAUUGGCCGCACGCAGAGUGAUGCCGCACCCCCUUCAAUGGCGGUCGCUCUAUAA